CCAAGCACCAGUUGAUUCUCAUCACUCGCGAUGUCGGCGCCGGACCCCAAAAAGACAAAGCCAGCUGGUGGCGCUGUGAAGGCAUGCGUCAAGGCCCUGGCGUCUGGGGCCAACCUGACGGGCGAGGAGGCCAGCCUGGCCAUGCGGGAGAUCAUGGGUGGAGAAGCGAGUCCUGCACAAGUGGGUGCCUUUUUGGCCUUGCUGACGCUGGAAAAGUGUAGCUCGGAGAUUGUCCAUUCACUCGCUGAUGUCAUGCGCUCCAAUGCCCUGACAGUGGAGGUGCCACGUUCAGAUGGCCCUAUCGUCGACAUCGUGGGAACCGGUGGAGAUGGCCAGGACACCUUCAACAUUUCCACUGCAGCUGGGCUGUUGGCAGCCGGAGCUGGGGCCCGGAUCGUGAAGCACGGGAACCGCGCAGCGUCCUCCAAGAGCGGCGCCGCGGACAUUCUUGAGGCGUUGGGCGCUCGACUGGAACUGGGCCCUGCCGAGGUGGCGCCCGUCUUGGCCGCUGGGAGCUUUGCAUUUCUCUUCGCAAGGUCUUACCAUCCGGCCAUGCGCCAUGUGGGUCCCAUCCGCCUGGAGCUGGGCAUUCGAACUGUCUUCAACAUUUUGGGGCCGCUGACCAACCCUGCCAAGCCUGACGGCAUGGUUUGUGGUGUUUAUACUGCCAGUCUGGGACGCCUCUUUGUUGAAGUCUUCAAGCUUCUAGGCAUGCGCCGGGCCCUGGUGGUCCACGGCUGCGAGGGCCUGGAUGAGCUGUCCAUCGCAGGAGCUUCCAAGGUUUGGGAGCUGAAGGAUGGAGGCGAAAUCAAAGAGUACGAGGUGCAGCCCUCAGACUUCGGAGUGUCCAGCCAUCCCCUCACAGAGGUGGCUGGGAACAGCCCUGAGGAGAAUGCGGUUGAGAUGCGAGAGCUUCUGAAGGGUGGGGGGCGCGUGGCAGUUCGCGAGAUGGUCUUGAUGAACGCCAGCGCAGCACUCUAUGUGGCCGGGAAGGCACAGUCCGUCGCUGAGACCCAUGCAAAGCCGUGACCCAGUAACCCAUGAAAACCAACAAACCUGUCAAUGAGUCCUGGGUGGGAUCUAGUGAAAACCCCAAGUUGGCCCUUGGUUUUACUUGCACAUGAAUAUGUUAUGAUUGCCAACUGUGGACCACCCCAAGGCCUCAGCAAGCAGCACGCUUGUGUUCUGAUGUACAGUUAAUUCGAUGCAAUUCCUUAAGAAGUGACUUAUUGAUCGGUUUUUUUUUGGCCAACAUGUCACAUCUUGCCACCCAAGUCUGGUCGUCCAAGUGAUGACCUCGCGACUCGACCCGACUCACCCAGACCAGACGUGUUGGCGCUCAUAGCCGCCGCGCUUCGGCCGCACCGCUGGACCUCGAGGACACGCCGCAGCUGUUUGGAGCUCCACUGGCCGGUCCCAAAACUGGGUGGGCCGAACUGGGUGGGGAGCCCACUGUGCUGCCCAGUUGAGGAAGACCCUGGACUUUCUUUCUUUCUUUCUUGGUGCGCAUGGCGUCCUAAGACUCAGCGCCUUGCUGAUGCGAAUUCUGAAUUAGGAGCGGAUUGAAGUCGGG